UGGAAGCAUGUAUACGUUCCUGGGACUUGCGUAAAAUAUUUGACUGGUCAGCAAUUGCGUUUGACUUGAUUUUGACGGCUUGUGUUUGUGAAAAUAAAAUUUACUGUAUCUCUUACUACACUCUGGUGUCUCUGAUAUAUAUGAACUAAUUCUGAUUGACGCCCUCGAAAUUGAGAUGAUUGUUUGAGUUGGGGCUCAUUUAGCUUAUUAUCUUAUCACACUUCCGUCACGAUAGCCUUGACUAUUUUAAAAAAUCUUAAUUUGAUAUCCAAUUAGCAAACACUGAAUCAAGAUACAUUCCAAAGUUCGAAGAAAUUUAUAUCAGAAAACAUGGUGAAGGAAAGUGAGAAACUCAAGUUUGGAACGAGAGCUAUCCAUGCUGGACAGGAUCCCUGGAAGUGGCGCAGUGGUGCGGUCGUUCCGCCGAUCAGUCUUGCAUCGACGUUUGCUCAGACUGGUCCGGCGGAGUUGUCCGAGUGUGGCUUUGACUACAGUCGGUCGGGAAACCCGACUCGCGAAUGUUUCGAGGAGUGCGUAGCGGCGGUAGAAGGGGCGAAGCAUGCAGUGGCGUUUGCCUCUGGACUCGCGGCUACAGCGACAUUGCUGCAUGUAUUAGAGAAGGGCGAAGAGGUUGUGUGCAUGGACGAUGUUUACGGGGGGACAAACCGACUUAUGAACCGUGUAUUUGUGCCGAACGGAGUCACCGUCAACAAAGUGGACUGCACACAACUGGAUCUACUAGAAGCAGCUCUCAAUGAAAAAACGAGAAUAGUCUGGAUCGAAACUCCUACCAACCCGACUAUGAAAUGCGUGGACAUCGAAGCAUGCGCGAAGAUCAUCAAGGCCAAGCUGAAACGACCCGACGCGAUUUUUGUAGUGGAUAAUACAUUCAUGUCACCCUACAAUCAGAAGCCUCUCCAGUUUGGAGCUGAUAUUUCAAUGCAUUCAGUGUCCAAAUACAUAAACGGUCAUUCAGAUGUAAUCAUGGGUCUGCUAAUGACUAACAAUGAUGAACUGGCGGCGAAGUUGAAGUUUCUGCAGAAUGCAAUCGGAGCAGUGCCCUCACCCUUCGAUUGUUUUCUAGCUAAUAGAGGGCUGAAGACACUUCAUCUGAGAAUGGAAAGACACAAUAGCAACGCAUUGAAGGUUGCGCAGUUUCUGGAGAAGGAGUCUAUGGUUGAGAAGGUAAUGCAUCCUGGACUGAAGAGCUACCCUGGAUAUGACAUCGUCCAGAAACAGUGCACUGGCAACUCAGGCAUGGUCACAUUUUGGAUCAAGGGAAAUGUUGAGACAUCGAAACAGUUCAUCGCAAGUCUUAAAGUGUUCACGCUGGCCGAGAGUCUCGGAGGCUACGAGAGUCUUGUGGAAUUGCCUUGUGUGAUGACUCAUGCCUCGGUCCCACCCGAACAGCGAGCGGUGCUCGGAAUUUCCGAUCAGCUUAUACGCCUCUCGGUGGGCCUAGAAGAUAUUGAUGAUUUGAUCGACGAUUUGACUAAUGCUUUCAGUGCAGUUGCUUAGAUAAAAUGCAUCGCUGAAAAUUGAGUGGGAAAUUCAUUCCUUGCUAAUGUUUAAAAAAUUGUAUAUUUUGCUUCGCCGAAAGUUAUAGGAUUAUUUUGUUUGUUUGGUACCAUUUGUAGCUAAAGUAUCAACAAAAUAUAUUUUGUAUUGUCUG